AUGUGUUUCUCUGCUGGUAUUAGCCCCGUCGGAGGUCUCCAGUCCUGUUUUCUCUCAGACCCUUCGCCGCGCUGCGGCCCAGAGCGCCGGUGCCUACCGCUCUCCUUUUGCGCCCAAGUGAGACACCCCCAACCAGCGACGUUAUUGUUUUGUGCAAGACCCGUCGACUAUGUACUAUACUACACUCCCAUGCAGGUCCAGGGUGUGACGGCUAAGACCGCCGCCAAGUACGCCCAGAUUGCCGGUACUUUCGGUGUCAGCCUUGGCGUCUUUGCCCUCUUCUUCUUCGGCGAGGUCCCUCGUGUCCGCAACGACGUCCUCCGCCAGUUCCCCUUCUUCGAUCAGUACUUUGACCGUACGAUCGCUCCUGAGGACAACCCGUUCUAA